AUGUCGAUCGAAUUUCCCGCCGAGGAGGAGCUUGUACUCAAGCGGUGGAGGGAGAUUGAUGCCUUCAACCGCCAGGUUGAGCUAUCCCGUGGCCGUGAACCUUAUACUUUUUACGACGGCCCGCCUUUCGCAACCGGCCUUCCGCACUAUGGCCAUUUACUGGCAUCCACUAUCAAGGACAUUAUCCCCAGAUAUUGGUCGAUGAAGGGUUACUAUGUUGAACGUCGUUUCGGAUGGGAUACCCAUGGUCUGCCUAUCGAAUAUGAGAUCGACAAGAAACUUGGCAUGUCUGGUUUGCAGGCAGUCGAGAAGUUCGGCAUUGAAAAGUACAAUGAGGAGUGCCGGGCUAUUGUUAUGCGAUUUGCUGGGGAAUGGCGCCAGACCAUUGAGCGCUUGGGUCGCUGGAUUGACUUCGACAAUGACUACAAGACUAUGAACACAUCCUUUAUGGAAUCCGUCUGGUGGGUUCUCAAAGAGCUUUUCGAUAAGGACAUGGUCUACCGCGGCUACCGAGUUAUGCCUUACUCGACUGCCCUCAACACCCCGCUCAGCAACUUUGAGGCUCAGCAAAACUACAAAGAUGUGCAAGAUCCUGCAGUCGUUGUGACAUUCCCUCUCUUGGACGACCCGGAAACCUGUCUGCUGGCUUGGACAACCACACCGUGGACUCUCCCCUCCCACACUGGUCUGUGCGCCCACCCCGAUUUCGAGUAUGUCAAGAUCUACGACGAGGCCACCAAGAAGAACUACAUUCUUCUCGAGUCUUUGCUCCGCACUAUCUACAAGGAUCCGAAGAAGGCCAAGUACAAGGUUGUCGAUCGCCUCAAGGGAUCCGACAUGCUAGGAUGGAAAUAUGAACCCCUCUUUGACUACUUCUACGAGGAGUUCAAGGACCACGGUUUCCGUGUCCUGAAUGAUCGAUAUGUCACUGCUGAGGAUGGUGUUGGUAUUGUCCACCAAUCUCCCGCAUUCGGUGAGGACGAUUACAAGGUUGCUGUUGACCACGGAGUUGUCGAUCCGACUCGUCCUCCUCCUAACCCAGUUGACCCGAACGGUUGCUUCACCGAGGAGGUCCGUGACUUCGUCGGUCAGCACGUCAAGGCCGCUGAUAAGGGAAUUAUCAAGCAUCUCAAGGGAACUGGCCGUGUCCUUGUUGAUAGCCAGAUUACUCACAGUUACCCCUUCUGCUGGAGAUCUGACACCCCUCUGAUCUACCGAGCUGUGCCUGCUUGGUUCGUGAAGGUCACACCCAUCAUUCCUCAGAUGCUUGACGGCAUCGAGAAGUCCCACUGGGUCCCUGCUGCGGUAAAGGAGAAGAGAUUCACUAGUUGGAUUAAGAACGCUCGCGAUUGGAACAUCUCCCGGAAUCGUUUCUGGGGAACUCCUCUCCCACUGUGGGUCAGCGAUGACUACAAGGAGGUUGUCGCCGUGGGAAGUGUCGAGGAGCUCAAGAAGCUUAGUGGCUACGAGGGUGAUCUUACUGACCUUCACCGUGACAAGGUGGAUCAUAUCACUAUUCCCAGCAAACAGGGCAAGGGUGUUCUUCGUCGCGUCGAAGAAGUCUUUGACUGCUGGUUUGAGUCGGGCAGCAUGCCAUACGCCUCCCAGCAUUAUCCCUUUGAGAACAAAGACCAAUUUGAGAAGAGUUUCCCCGGUGACUUCAUUGCCGAGGGCCUGGACCAGACACGAGGAUGGUUCUAUGUUAUGUGUGUCAUUGGUCAACACUUGACAGGCAAGAUUCCCUUCAAAAACUGCGUUGUGAACGGAAUCGUGCUUGCCGAAGACGGCAAAAAGAUGUCAAAGAGACUUAAGAACUACCCAGAUCCCACACUUGUCAUUGAUCGUUAUGGCUCGGAUGCUCUGCGUCUUUACCUCAUUAACUCCCCUGUCGUCCGUGCAGAGCCACUUCGAUUCAAGGAAUCAGGUGUCAAGGAAAUUGUCGCCAAGGUUCUUCUUCCUCUGUGGAACAGCUACAAAUUCUUCGAGGGUCAGGUGACCCUGUUGAAGAAGGCUUCCGACAUUGAAUAUGUCUUCGAUCCCAAGGCCGAGGCCACAAACACUAAUGUCAUGGACCGUUGGAUUCUGGCAAGUUGCCAGAGUCUUCUCAAGUUUGUCAAUGAGGAGAUGGCAGGUUACCGUCUGUACACCGUCGUGCCCCGCCUUCUGGGAUUGAUCGAGAACACCACCAACUGGUACAUUCGAUUCAACCGUAAGCGCUUGAAGGGCGAGAACGGAGUCGAUGACACUUUGCAUGCUCUGAACACACUUUUCGAGGUUCUCUUCACUCUGGUCAGAGGCCUGGCCCCCUUCACCCCCUUCAUUACCGACAGCAUUUACCUGCGCCUGCUUCCUCACAUUCCUGAAUCUCUUCGCGCUGAAGAUAGCCGCAGCGUCCACUUCCUUCCUUUCCCCGAGGUUCGCCAAGAGCUGUUUGAUGAGGUUGUGGAGCGCAGAGUCGCACGCAUGCAGAAAGUGAUCGAACUCGGCCGUAUCUCCCGCGAGCGCCGAUCGAUCGGCCUGAAGACCCCACUCAAGUCGCUUGUCGUGAUCCACCAAGAUCAAGAAUACUUGGAUGAUGUCAAGUCCCUAGAGGGCUAUAUCACGGAGGAGCUCAAUGUUCUUGAAAUUGUACUCUCGUCCGACGAGGACAAAUACAACGUCCAGUACAGUGUCAAUGCUGACUGGCCUACUCUGGGCAAGAAGUUAAAGAAGGACGUUCAGAAGGUUAAGAAGGCCUUGCCCUCGCUCACCAGCGAGGAAGUCAAGAAGUACGUUACCGAAAAGAAGAUCCUAGUCGACGGCAUUGAGUUGGUUGAAGGUGAUCUUGUUGUGAAGCGAGGCAUCAAGGAGGACUCCGGCUCAUCUGGCAUGGAGACCAACACUGAUGCGGAUGUCAUGACUAUCCUCGACGCAAACCUUUACCCGGAGCUUGCGCACCAGGGUAUCGGUCGUGAGAUCAUCAACCGCCUCCAACGUCUCCGUAAAAAGGCAGGCCUUGUUGCUACUGACGACGUGAAGAUGGAGUACACCGUAAUCUCUGAUCCCGAGAACAUUGGCCUCAGCGAGGUCUUCAAGUCGCAAUCUCAUGCCAUUGAGAAGGCCGUUCGUCGCCCUCUGGAUGAGCGUGCGUUGGUUGAUGGCAAGGCCCCUGUCCCCGAGGAAGAGGGAACUAUCGAGCAGGAAGAGCAAGAAGUGCAAAAUGCAACUUUCUUGUUGCGCUUGGUCAAGCUGUAG